AUGGCCUCCCAAUCGCGGCCGUACAGUCCUCUCUUCCACCCCAUCCUCUUCUUUUUGCAGCUCUUCCAAUGGCUGGCCGACAAGCUCCUCUCACCCAACCCGCCCGGUCCCAGCACUCACCUUAGCCGACCAAAGAUCGCCGUCAUCGGUGCUGGUAUCACCGGCGUUACGAGCGCGGCGCACUGCAUCGGCCAUGGCUUCGACACAACCAUCUUCGAGGCCGGCACCGAGGAGGAAUUGGGAGGUAUCUGGAGCCGCGUUAACAACACUUCCUCGCUGCAGAUCCACUCCAUAAUGUAUCGCUUCCACCCCUCCGUGAAAUGGGAGCGGGGGUACCCGGACCGCCAGCAGAUCCUCUCGCAGGUGCGUGAGCUGUGGAAGCGGUACGGACUAGAACACCGGACCAAGUUCAGCACCAAGAUCGACCGCGUGUAUCAGGAUAAACAAGGCCGCUGGAUUCUCAACGACCCCUCCCACGGCCGUUUUGACGGCAUCGUCUCGGCCAUCGGAACCUGCGGCGAGCCCAAGGUCCCCCACAUGCCGGGGAUGGAGAAGUUCAGCGGCGAAAUCCACCACUCCAGCCGUUUGACAGGAAAAUGCUCCGCCAAGGACAAGACCAUGAUCAUCAUCGGCGGCGGCGCCAGCGCGGUCGAGGCGCUCGAGUUCGCCAGCGAAGAAGGCGCAGAUAAGAUCUACAUUCUCGCGCGCAGCGAGAAAUGGAUCAUCCCGCGCAACCCGAUCUGGAACAUGCUGCUCGCCAUGAACGUUUUCGGGCAAGAAACCUUCCUCAGCUGGAUCCCCGAACUACUGCUGCGCAAGAUGUUCUACCGAGACCUGGAAGACCUCGCGCCCGCCAACAAGGGCAUCUUCACCGACACGCCCAUGGUCAACUCGGAUAUCAUGGAGAAACUGCGCUCGAAAAAGGCCGAGUGGAUCCGCUGCGACAUUGAAGGGUUCACGGAAGACGGCGUCAAAGUCAACCGUCGCGCGAAGGGUGUGCCUGUCGGCGGGCCGGGCCAAAAGGACCUGAUCAAGGGCGAUGUGGUGGUCAUGGCGACAGGGUUUGAACGGCCGAAGCUCGAUUUCUUGCCCGAGACUUGCUACGAGGACCCGUAUAACCCGCCCAACUGGUACUUACAGACCUUCCCGCCGAACCACCCGUCUAUUUCCUGCAUCAACUGCACCUACACCAACGCCAUCGGCACGGUGGGCAACUGGCACAUUGGCAUUUACACGCGCAUUCUGCUUAUGUUCCUGGUCGACCCCCUGACGCGCCCAAGGCCGUUUUGGAUGAAGCGGUGGAUCGAUAUGACUAGGUUGCUCAAGAUGGCGUCGCCUGUCGGGCCGUUUGAGUUCUUCACGUAUCUGGAGCUGAUCUGGUGGUUUUUGUUUUGCGUGGCGUUUAACCCGUUCCGAUGGAAGUGGGCGUUGUUUGUGUUCUUCGGGAUAGGUUAUAUGCUGCCGAAGCAGGUGGUGGCGGCUGAGGAUAUGAUCCGGAAUGGUCUGGGUUAUGGUCAGACUGAGACAACCGGGGAGGAUGUUGGAACAAGCAUAUAA